GAGUUUACUAGUAACCGAGUCGUCCCUGUCGUAAGAUUCAAAAUCAGAAAAUGACAGAAGGACCAUCCGCAAAUAAGAAACUAAAGAUACAAAAUGAGUUCGACAAGUCUCCAAACUGGGCAAAUGCCUUCCGUUUAACAUCUGUACAGGCCAUUUAUCCAGCAUUUGCUGUUUUACAGCUGGGUCCAGACUGUAAUGCGCAUAUGAGCGUACCGUUUACAGACGCAAAAUGUAACUUCAGGAAAGUGGGGCUUGAAGUUGGAGGUCUGUACAUGAUAGAUUUUGAUGACAUUUUCUCCAAGGGGAUAGAUUUAUUGAUAGAUCUACAAAACAACUCGCGGGAAUUGACAGAGGAAGAACAAAGAGCUGUGGAUAUUCUUGAUCAUUUUCUGAAAGACAAAGAAAAGCAUCAACAGAGUCUUCAUAAAGUUUUAGGAGGAUGCAAGUCUGAAGAGGAAAAAGAUGAGAAAACAAAUUCAUUUGAGACUCACAUGACUAUUGCCCUGGCCGAACACUUGUUUGGAAAACUAGCCCCAGGACAAUCAUAUGUUAUUGACAACCGAGUAAGAGGGAAAAAAGAAAAAGAAAUGUGCCAGUGCAGAUUAGACCACUGUCAUGGCAGACCAAAAUUUGACUGCACUGGGAUUGGGGAUGAAAAAGCAUGGCAUGGUUUUCUUGAUAUUGUUUUUUCAUCACAUCCAGUUGCAGCUAUUACAACGCAGGAACUAUAUGGUGAUGAAAAUGAUGAAGAAUCAGAGACUGUCUAUGAUGAAGAUUCUCCAGAUGGAAAAACAAUUUGUGAAAUGCAAUUGAAUCAUGGAGCUGAAAAUCAAGCCAUUGCCCAAACAAUUGUAUUUUCUUACAUUCAAAGAAAACGCCAUCCAAGUUUCCAGAAUUAUUUGAUCCCAAAUAUAUUGAUUUCUCCAUACCAUUUCAGAAUUUUGAUGUAUGAUUCACUUAAUGAUAUUCUGAUAUGCAGUGUAAAAUUGCCUAUUUUUCAAGACAAGGAAAAAUGUGAAAAGCUGAGUGUUGAAUCCAUUGUUUUCCUGUGGAUAGUUUUGCACUACAGGAUAUUUUGUGUAGGAAUCAAUGUUACGGAGUUGCUAAACAGUGGAUCUAUCAAAGACUUGAGAGACAUUCAAUCAAAUUUUCCGGAGAGAGCCAGGGAAAAGUUCAAACUGUAUGAGGAAUCAUCAACGAUUGGUAUCUCUAGUUUUCUACCAAUCCCAGAAGAAAUAUUUCCAUCUUUGGACAGUUUCCUGUAUGGCAAAAGAUUGUUUAAACCUAGAAGGUUGUGGAAAAAUAGCAUAUAAAGUAUGCACUGUAUUUUGAAAAUGAUGGGAACAAUUUGAUGCAAAACUCAAAAUGCCUUGAUGCUUUGUAUAUUUACCAGUAAAUGUAUCGGCUUUUGAAAUUUUUAGUGGAAUGAAUUUGUACAAUAUUGUGAAUUUCAUAUUUUUAAACUAUGAUUAAUGAAAUUACAACAGGCUGUCCAGCAGUCCUAAAAUUUCUUAAAGCUGUAUGACCCGA